AUGAAUCACUUUAUCCGGCGGUGGAGCUCAACGCGCUCCAGGUGUUCGAUAAAUUGCGUGAACGAGUCCCGCCCAUGGAAAACCCUCUCUUCCCGGCAUCUUUGUGGAUCAUCAUCUGAAGAUCUCGAAGCUGCGUCGUGGAAAUCAUUGGCGGGCAUCGUCAAAUGCCCCGCAAACCACGCGCCGCUGACGCCCAUAAGCUUUCUGGAAAGAGCUGCAAGAGUUUUCGGAGACAGAACAUCGGUUGUGUACGGUUCUCUGCACUUCACUUGGGCCGAGACCCACGCGAGGUGCCUCAAGCUAGCUUCUGCUCUCACCCAGUUUGGAAUUUCUCGAGGCGAUGUGGUAGCAACCCUUGCCCCAAACGUGCCCGCCAUGGUGGAGCUCCACUUCGCGGUGCCCAUGGCCGGAGCAAUCAUCUGCGCCCUGAACACCCGCCACGACCCGGCCAUGAUCUCCGCCCUCCUCUGCCACUCGGAGGCCAAGAUCCUCUUCUCCGACCACCACCUCCUCACCACCGCCCGAUCCUCCCUCCAAAAAACCCACAAACCACCACCCAUCCUCGUCCGAAUUCCCGAUAACGCCCCUCCCCCGAACCCUCCUUUCCCCAACGCCCACGAUUACGAGUCCCUCAUUUCCUCCGGGGACGGCUCGUUCGUCCCCCUCCGACCCGAAUCCGAAUUCGAUCCGAUAAGCAUAAACUACACGUCCGGGACCACCUCCCGGCCCAAAGGCGUCGUGUACAACCACCGGGGCGCGUAUUUGAACGCACUGGCCACGUCAUUCAUCCAUGGGAUGACCUCGUUUCCCGUGUACCUAUGGACCGUCCCCAUGUUCCACUGCAACGGUUGGUGUCUCCUUUGGGGCCUCGCGGCCCUCGGCGGGACCAAUGUCUGCCUCCGUCAGGUCUCGCCCGACGUGAUAUUUGACCAAAUCGCCCUCCAUCGGGUCACCCACAUGAGCGGUGCCCCAACCGUAUUGAACAUGAUCCUAAACUCGCCCGCUCGGAAACUGUUGCCACACACGGUCGACAUCAUGACCGGCGGGGCGCCCCCGCCGGAGCCCCUCCUCUUAAAAAUCGAGGAUCUCGGGUUUCGGGUUUCUCACUUGUACGGGCUCACUGAGACGUACGGGCCGGGAACGUGGUGCGCGUGGAGGCCCGAGUGGGACUCGUUGGCUAGAGACGAGCGGACGAGGCUCAAGGCCCGGCAAGGAGUCGGGCACUAUUGUCUAGAGGACGUCGACGUGCGGGACCCGAGUGAUUUGGGGAAUAGCGUGCCGGGAGAUGGGGUGACGAUAGGGGAAAUCGUGUUUCGGGGGAACACGGUUAUGGCCGGCUACUUAAAAGAUGAAAAGGCGACACGAGAGGCUUUUGCGGGCGGGUGGUUUAGGAGCGGGGAUUUGGGGGUGAGGCACGAGGACGGGUAUAUCGAGGUGAAGGACAGGUGGAAGGAUGUGGUGAUCACGGGAGGGGAGAAUGUGUGCACGGUGGAGGUGGAGAGGGUGAUUUACGGGCACGCGGCGGUGGAUGAGGUGGCGGUGGUGGGGAGGCCGGACGAGCAUUGGGGAGAGACUCCGUGCGCGUUCGUGAAGGUGAAGGAAGGGUAUGAAGUGGAGGUGUGCCCGCAGGAGUUGAUGGAUUUUUGUAGGGAAAGGCUGCCGCAUUAUAUGGCACCAAAGACGGUUGUGUUUGGGGAUCUGCCGAAAACGAGCACUGGUAAGGUUCAGAAGUUUGUUCUGAGGGAGAGGGCCAAGGCCAUGGGGAGUCUUUCUUGA